GUGCACCGGAGGCGCAAAAAACCUUCGCGAAGGCCUGCGCGAACUCGCUCGAGUGGCACUACAAAGCGGCGCAGCGCCGCGGCGCGCCGCCGUCGCGGCCGACGAUCCUGGAGAGCGACAGCAAGCGCCCGGGUUGGUACGAGCCGCCGGACGCGACGGCCGCGCCGCCGCGCGUCGAGCGGCGCGCCGAGGCGACGGACAUGCAGAAUCAAAUCGACGCCGUCGAGUUCGGGCUGAAGCAGCUCCGCGCGUCGGCCGACGAGCCGCCGGACGCGAGCGUCCUCGAGAGGCUGACGACCGCGGUGACGUCGCUGCAGAAGGAGAUGAAGACGACGCUCACGGGCGGCCAGCCCGCCGUCGCCACGAUGUCCGACGAGGAUUUCCGCCAGAGCUUCACGCUGAAGCCCGUGUAUAUCUGGGCGCCGCACGCGUUUUGGCCGCACCUCGUGGGCAUGCCCAGGUGCCCCGAGUGCAAGAGCAGCGAGCACGACAUCGGCUUCCAGACCACCGCGGGGUACGUGCGGCUGCUCUUCAUCGAGGACACGUGCAGAAUCUACGAGUGGCUGCGGAACCAGCUCGGCGCCGUCCGCGGCGAGUACCUGACCAUGGACCACACGUUCACGAUCGCGUCCAAGACCGUGGACAAGGACGGCCGCCGGCCGUACAAGGCGCUCUUCGGAAUCCUCAACGAGAUGCAGCAGUACGUCGGCGUGUUCGUCGGCGACACGAGCAUGAAGACCGUCCAGCCCUUCCUCGAGAGCUUCUCCGCGGCCUACCAGCAGGGCCAGCCCCGCCCGGUAUACAUCGGCACGGACCUCUGCUGCCGCGCGGACAAGGUCCUCCUCGACGAGCGGACGUUCGGCCGCGACGUCAAGCAGGUCCACCUCGGCGGCUGGCACGCCCUGCAGCGCAUCUCCGAGACCAUGCCCAAGCAGCACCCGUCCUUCGGCGACGCGUCGAGGGCGCUCUCGAGGGCGGCCAUGGACUUCGUCCUCGAGCACCUCGUCACGCACGCGCGCGUCCUUCAAGCGCGACGAGCCGCGGAACACCUCGAGCCGCUCGGCGACGAGGAGCUCCGCGCGGCGGCGCUGGCGGACGCGGCGCGGAGGAAGGCCGCGUUCCACUACUACCCGGCGCCCAUGGUGAUCUUCCGGCGCGUGAUGAUGUGGAUCGUCGCCUACUCGAAGGUCGUCCACGCGUACUACGGCGCGGUGAUCCGCGAGCGCACGUGGGACGCGUUCUACCAGCUCGCGACGCACAUCUUGGGGACGAGGCCCAGCGGCCACCAGUGCCUGUCGACGCCGCCGGCGAUGAUCCGCGACGGGGCCCUCUUCAAGACCAUGCGCGAGGCGAGCGGGACGCGCGCGGCCAAGAUCAAAUCCCUCGCGACGGACAGCAACAUCGAGGGCAAGCACCGCAUCAUCAACAACGACUGGCUCACGGGCACGAGAUACGGCCUGGAGGCGGCGACGGCCCUCGUCGUCCGGCACUGCCAGGUCGACAACCAGCGCGCGGCCGUCGUCGCGGGUCUCGAGCCCGACCUCGGAACGCCGAGCAUGUACCUCGUCGAGUCCGUCGUCGCGCUCUACGAGCGCCUGUCCGUCGAGCUCCCGGAGGACCACGCCUACACGAAGGUGCCCGUCAAGCCGCCGUCGACGCGCCGCCUCUUCUUCGAGUACGACCCGAAGCAGACGGACGACGACGGCGCGCGCGCGCCGGACGGCGCGCGCGGCGCCGAGGCGGCCAUCUCGGCCGCGCUCAAGGGCUCCAACGCCGCGGAAUGGCGCUGCGUCGAGGCCAUGGUUGCGCUGCCCGCGGUCGACCACGUGCGCCUCUUCGCGAACGGCGAGACCGACCACGGUGUCGACUCGUUGGGCCCCCACGCCGACUCCAUCGUGGCGACGAUGAAGUUGUACGAGCGGCUCCGCGAGCAGCACCCGGAGCUGCCGCCGCUGGAGUUCCCGGCCUCCGCGACGAGCGCCCAGCGGCUGGAGCUGUUCAGGGCCUGCGUCGCCGACGGCACCUACGGCGUGGAGCAGUGGCGCUGCGUCUACAGCGACAUGGGGUGCCACCUGUACAUGUUCGCCGCGCCGGUCGACAAGCUCGGCGACCCGAUGCUCCGCGCGCGCGACGGCGGCGUCUUCGCGAUGACUGUGCUCGAGGUCGAGCCCGAGUCCCUCUACGCGCUCCCCGCCGUCAUGGCGGGGCAGCAGAUCGUCGCCGCGCUCCAGCUCGACGACGACACCUUCGUAGCAGUCGUCUUCUUCCACGCGGUCGCCGCGCUGGGCGCGAACCGCGGCGCGCUCGUCGGCUCCAAGCUCAUCCUCAGGGGGAAGGCCAAGGAGGAGCACGCCGCCGCCAAGGCGGCGCUCGCCCGCGCCCUCGCGUGCGAGGAGCAGUCGGAGUUUGACGUCGCGGCCGCGAACGCGGCCCUCUCCAUCGACGAUGGCUCGCGCGCGGACUUCGUCGACGGCGCGGGCCUCGGCGACGCGGCGCUGUCCGUCGACGACGCGGGCUUCGGCGACGGCGCGGACGGCGUGGACGCGAUCAUCGACGCCGCGGCGAGCGGCGACGUCUACGCGCUGGAGAUGCUCGAGGACGACGCGGACCUGGGCGCCGCGGCGAGCGGCGACGACUACGCGCUGGAGAUGCUCGAGGACGACGCGGACCUGGGCGCCGCGGCCCUGGGCGAGGACGACGCGGACCUGGGCGCCGCGGCCCUGGGCGAGGACGACGCGGCGCAGCUCGUCGCGCUGUUGGUGCAGCUUGAAGACGUGUCGAAGCGCGACGACGCGUGGAAGGUGCUCCUCGACGACGACGCGAUGGCCCGCCUCGUCGACGGCGUCGACGGCGGCGCGCCGGCGUCGCGCUUCGUCGACGCCGCGCAGCCCCCCGGCGCCGCGCUCGCGGACCGGCGCGCGCACGCGAACGAGCUCGCGCGCGACCGGCUCGCGCGGCUGCCGCCCGCGGCCCGGCGGGCCUACCUCGACUACAAGGCCAAGCUCCAGUACGAGCGCUACUGGGCCGGGCGCCCCCACCAGUCCUGGGAGGAGAUGCGCGCGGCCCGCGAGCCCCAGCGCGUGGCCCUCGCGGCGCUCCGCGAGCGCCAGCGCGUGGCCCUCGCGGCGCUCCGCGAGCGCCAGCGCGUGGCCCUCGUGGCGCUCCGCGAGCGCCUCGCCGCGGCGCCGCCCGACGCCCGGCGGCGGUUGGUGCUCGACCACCGGGCCAAGCUCGAGCGCGACCGGCUCGCGGCGCUGCCGCCCGCGGAGCGGCGGCGGUUGCUCGACCACAAGAACAAGGUCCAGCGCGACCGGCUCGCGGCGCUGCCGCCCGCGGAGCGCCGCCGGCGGCGCGACCACUGGCCAAGCUCCGGCGACGUCCGGCGCGCACGGCAGCUCGCGGCGCUGCCGCCCGCGGUGCUCGCGGACCCCCUGGGCACGCUCUUGGACCAGCGCCGGUCGCCGACCUUCGCCGGCGCUCCGGCGCUCGCCGCGCCGCCGGCCUUCGCCACGCCGGGGGUCCCGCCGUGCCCGCCGCCCCCGCCGGCGCUGGGCCUGCCGCCGUGCCCGCCGCGCCCGCGGGCGCUCGGCCUGCCGCCGCGCGCGCCGGCCGCCGCGGCGCCGGCCGCCGCCGCCGCGCCGUCGCCCGCCGCGGCGCCGGCCUUCGCCGCCGCGCCGUCGCCCGCCGCGCCGCCGCCCGUGGCGCGCGCGGCUCCCGCCGCCACGCCCGUGGCGAUGCCGGGCAGCGAGUCGCGGCCAAGGAAACGGCGCAAACCACUGGGCCCGCGGCGCCCGUGGCUUCCCCUCGAGGACGACCGCGUCCGGCGACUCGUCGAGGCCCGCGGACCGAAAGAAUGGCCGAAGCUCGCCGUCGCGUUCAACGAGACGCUGGACGAGAAGGACCAGCGCACAUCCAAGCAUAUCCGCGAUCGCUGGACCAACCACCUCGACCCGAACGUCAACCGGGACCCCUUCACCGUCGCCGAGAUCGAGAUCAUCCGCGGCGCGCAGCGCCGAAUGCCCAACGAGUGGACCAAGAUCGCGGCGCUGCUCCCCGGGCGCACGGACACCCAGGUCGAGCUCAGACGGCGCCACGGCCACGCAGCCCUCGGGGACCGACCUGAGGUCCCCCAGCCCAAGGUCGAGGGCCCCGAGGCCAUCCCAUCGACCCAUGACCCGGAUGGAAUCGUCAUCUGA